AAUGGAAAGAGGCGACUGUGAUGUUACACUGAGGUGGCAUACCUUUAACAUACUCCAAGUGACAACGGACGUGAAGGCAACUGAGGAUCCAAAAUGGCGAACUACAACAAGGAUCUGGAAGAACAGAUCGCCGACAAGGUCGUCGAUCUGACCGAGUACGCCAAACGUCAGCGAUGGUGGAACCGUCUAUUUGGCAAGACGUCCGGACCGGUAGCAGCGAAAUACUCAGUGGCCACACAGAUAGCUAUAGGAGGAGUCAGUGGAUGGUGUGCAGGCUUUCUCUUCCAGAAGGUUGGCAAGGUUGCUGCCACCGCUGUGGGCGGAGGACUUUUGUUGUUACAGAUAGCUAACAAUAGUGGCUACAUCCAAGUGGAUUGGAAGAGAGUUGAAAAGGAUGUCAAUAAAGCAAAGAAGCAGAUCAAGAAGAACACUGACACAGCAGGUCCAGAGCUGAACACGUUAGUUGAGAAGUCCACAGAAUUUGUGAAGAAGAACAUUGUGGUCACAAGCGGCUUCGUCGGAGGCUUCCUGCUCGGUCUGGCGUCCUAGGCUCACCGGACGAAUGACUCCGAAAGGUUUCGAAUCAUUCGGAAAAGGGAUAAGUUGUUGCUCGGUAGAUGGUCAAUGCCACGACGCCAUGCUUCCUGUAAUCCUGUAGCUGUCUUUUCUGUGUAGAGUGCACGCCUUUUCCUCUCUAUGUAAAGACAGUGUACCUCCACUUCAAGAAGCAUUAUCGUUAGGGGUGAAUACACUCUGAUCUUUUACCAGGCCAAAUGUUUGCACUUGUAUUAUAGCAGGGUUGUCCAAACUUCAUGUUGAGCCAAUAAUAAUUAAAAAAAAAUCCCUGUGGCCUCACUUUGGACACUCCUGUAAUCCAUAUAUUAAAGGGGGAAACCUAUAAUAAUGUUGCCACAUUUUAUUUAUUGUUACCACCAGCGAAAAGUUCACAUUGUUCAUAGUGCAUUGUGUCAAUCAAAAGUCAUAUUUGAAGAGAAUUUUCAUGCUGAUUGGUUUGGAGUUAUUUUGGCCCUGCAUUUUCUGUUUUGGUUUGGAAAUAUUGUGCCGUUUCUUUUCAAAAUGCUUUUUAAAUGAGCAAUAAGUUAAUGCUAAAUGUAUCUCAGAGUUCUCAUAAAUGUAUGUUUAAACAAAUAAAUACAUUUGGACAUUA